UCACCUAACCCAUUACAACAGAUAGUAAAGCGUGAACAUGAAAGAAAGAUAAAUUUACCUGUAAAAAAGUCCAAUAAAUUUGAAAAUAUUGAGUUUUCAAAACAACACAUAAAGGGUCCACUCAUAGAUGCAACCAAUGGACCGCAAUACACAUCAGUAAAAUUUGAAACUUUCACCUUAAAAUGUAGUAGUCCCAACAACUGCUUUAUGACAAGCGAAAAUGAGGUUUUCAUAUUGGAGAAUAUCGCUCGAUCAACAGAAAGCAAUCAACGUAUCCUGAUUGCAAGAAAGUUUACUAGGCUUCUUGAUUUAUAUGUAUUUCCGUGUAGAUCUUCAAACCUAAAUAUUUAUUUAGCCAUGCACUUGGGUGCACUGCAAAUUGUCCAACUUCAAAUAGUGAAAGCCAAAUGUGUCAAACUUACUAGCGAUGACAAUUCAUUUGCAAUUUUUCCACUUAUACAUUGUUAAUAAACUUUAAACUCAUUUAAAUUUGCAUGUAUUACAUAAAAUAUAUGAGAAAAAAAAGUAAAUAUUUGUGUGUAUAUUUAUGUGUAUAUUAUAUAAAUACUGCAUAGUUAUAUUUAUUCUUUUUAUAUCAAAUGAUGGUAUAAAUAUGUGAAGUGUGCAGGGUAUUAGCCAACACAAUCGCACUGGGGGAUUCCCAAUGGGUUUAUAAUUCCCAAUAUUUUAAUGACCUUUUUUUUUUUUUUUUUUUUGUUGUUGUUGAAGUAAUAGGACAAUAUCAAUAAAAAAUUUCCAAUAUUUUGUAGAACAACAGUUUAUAUUUCCAAUAUCAUAAAAACGCAGUAAAAAUAAAUUCACAACACAUCAGGCUAACACCCUGAUGUGUUUUGAAUAAAGUCAAUAUAUAGGAAAAAGUAUAUAUAAUAUAUAAAAUUUUUAAAAACUAUAAGAAUUAUAUAAUCUUUAAAGAAUUUUAAUUCGUUUCUCCAGAUGUCAAGAAAUUAUGUUGCAUUUCGGUUCAAAACACCAUAUCUGCAUUCAAUGUAUGCCCCAAUGGCCUGGUUAGCAGACUCUGCAAAUUGUUAUUGGCCUUGCAAUCUAACAGAGGAAGAAGAAGAGAAGUUAAUUGAAUCUUGUGUUGAACCUCUUACUGGAGUAUAUGAGUGGCAGCUCUACCAGGGUAGUAUUCUAAGAAAGAAUACAUCCAGUACUUCUAGAUUGUCUGUGUUAGGGAACUGGUCUCCUGCCAAGAGUAGAGAACAAAGUCCUACUGCCAUGGCUGCAGGACUUACUUCAUCACCAAUCAGGACUAGUAGCCCCAACAUAAGAGUAACAGCUGAUGCUGACUCUGAUGUGUGGUGUAAUGGAACCUUGGAAAAUUUGUAUAAACACCGAAAGAAAGCUAGUGAUAUGUCUCAAAUAGAAUUUAAUCAGCACAUGCUGAAUUUUACCUAUGUAGUAAUGGAUGCACUUAAUAUAAACACUGUUUUACGCAAUAGAAAGCGUUCUGCAAGUUCUAAAAGCCAAACAAACAGAGACUCCUCUAAUGAUGAUGCAGUUGAGGAUGAUUCUGUUUUAGGACGCCUGCCUAUGACCACAAAAGAACAAUAUUAUAAGCUGGAGGAAAAACUGAAAAAUGAAUCUUUUGUCAAAACUUGGAAAAAGUUGCUUUUGGAACGUUUAAAGGCACUCAAGCUUGAUACAUUAGCUACAACAACUGCAGCUAAAAUGAUUAUGAGUGAAAUCUUCUCUCAAGACAUGCUGAAAAACAUGUGCUAUGCUGGGCACAAAACAUAUAAGGAGAAGAAGAUGGCAGUCAAAAAUGGAAUUGUGUACAUCACACUGAUAGCUGUGCUAAAAAAACUGGGACACAAAGACGUACUGAAGAUCGAAAAAGGUCUUAAAGACGCCAUGUACAAGGCAAAUGAUAAUAUUACGAAGGAGAUCAGGAAAAAAAAAUUGGAAUAAAAAUUAUUCUUAUAAA